AAGAGUUGCUGCUGAAAGGAGGUGGCGAAGGAGGAGCCGGAGCAGCUGCUGCCAGCCGGCGGGCACCAGAGUCCUGCCCGCUGCCGCAAGAGUAGCCACGGGCGCGAUCGGGGCCAGACGUCUUCUCCUCCAUGAUCACUCUGGGAGCCGGGGGAAGACUUUGCCCGGCCGUGAGAGCUGGUCUGCGUUUCCCAGGCGCGGCGGCGGCGGAGCAGCGAAAGCAGUCGGGUCCGAAUCCGAGUGGCCACAGCCCGGGGCGUGUGCGCCCCGCUUGGAGCGUGCUCGGAUUCCCCACGGAAUGUCCCCGGGGCGCCCGGCGCGCUGACCCCCUAGCCGCCUCCGCCUUCGGCGCCUGCUCCCUCUCUCUGGCGGGCUCGUUGUUCGGGACUGCAAGCUUCCUAGCUCCCGAGCAGUGGGGAAGCCCCCGGGGGCGGGUGACCUCAGCUGGCCACGACCCAGCCCUCCACCGUGCAUAUCUCGCUUAAGAUGGCAGCGGAGUCAGGGGAACUAAUCGGGGCUUGUGAGUUCAUGAAAGAUCGGUUAUAUUUUGCUACUUUAAGGAAUAGACCAAAAAGUACAGUAAAUACCCACUAUUUCUCCAUCGAUGAGGAGCUGGUCUAUGAAAAUUUCUAUGCAGAUUUUGGACCUCUGAACUUGGCAAUGGUGUACAGAUACUGCUGUAAACUAAACAAGAAACUGAAACCAAAGAAAAUUUUCAAGAAUAUCCCUUUCCUGGGAAAGUUGGAGUCAUAUAGUUUAUCAAGAAAGAAAAUAGUGCACUACACCUGUUUUGACCAACAGAAAAGAGCAAAUGCAGCAUUUUUGAUAGGUGCUUAUGCCGUAAUCUAUUUAAAGAAGACACCAGAAGAAGCCUACAGAGCACUCCUUUCUGGCUCAAACCCCCCCUAUCUUCCAUUCAGGGAUGCUUCCUUUGGAAAUUGCACUUACAAUCUCACCAUCCUCGACUGUUUGCAGGGAAUCAGAAAGGGAUUACAACAUGGAUUUUUUGACUUUGAGACAUUUGAUGUGGAUGAAUAUGAACAUUAUGAGCGAGUUGAAAAUGGUGACUUCAACUGGAUUGUUCCAGGAAAAUUUUUAGCAUUUAGUGGACCACAUCCAAAAAGCAAAAUUGAAAAUGGUUAUCCGCUUCACGCCCCCGAGGCCUACUUUCCUUAUUUCAAAAAGCAUAACGUGACUGCAGUUGUGAGGCUGAACAAAAAGAUCUACGAGGCGAAGCGCUUCACAGACGCCGGCUUUGAGCACUACGACCUCUUCUUCAUCGACGGCAGCACACCCAGCGACAACAUCGUGCGAAGGUUCCUGAACAUCUGCGAGAACACCGAGGGGGCCAUCGCGGUUCACUGCAAAGCUGGUCUUGGAAGAACAGGGACGUUGAUAGCCUGUUAUGUCAUGAAACACUACAGGUUUACACAUGCAGAAAUAAUUGCUUGGAUCAGAAUAUGCCGGCCUGGCUCCAUUAUAGGGCCGCAGCAGCACUUCCUGGAAGAAAAACAGGCAUCGUUAUGGGUCCAAGGAGACAUUUUCCGAUCCAAACUGAAAAGUAGACCAUCCAGUGAAGGAAGUCUUAAUAAAAUUCUUUCUAGCUUGGAUGAUAUGUCUAUUGGUGGAAACUUAUCUAAAAUUCAAAAUGUGGAGAGAUUUGGAGAGAAUAAUUUAGAAGAGGAUGAAGAUGUGGAAAUGAAAAAUAAUAUCACCCAGGGAGACAAACUACGUGCCUUAAAGAGUCAGAGACAGCCACGCUCCUCACCGCCCUGUGCCUUUCGGUUGGACGACAUGAAAGGGCAUCCAAGAGCAGUGUCCCAGCCUUCCAGGUUGAGUUCCUCCCCACAAGGAUCUGCAUCUACUUUGAAGACCUCAAAAGUGGCUCUGUCCCCUUCAGUGACAGCCAAAAGGAUAAACAGAGCAUCUCUGUCCUCAGGCGCCACUGUAAGAAGCUUUUCCAUAAACUCCCGGCUAGCCAGUUCUCUAGGGAACUUGAACGCCACCGCCGCAGAGGAUGCAGACAACAAAAAGCCCGCCUCAGCCUCGAAGGUGGGUUUCGUCGCCAGCCCGUUCAGCAACCUCUUGAAUGGCAGCUCCCAGCCGCCCGGCAGAAAUUACCCUGAGCUCAACAACAACCAGUACAGCAGAAGCGGCGGCAGCAGUGGGAGCCCCCUGGGCGGUCCGCCGAGCCCCCCGGGCGCCAAGGCCGAUGCGCACAGCCCCGCCCUGCGGUCCGCCUACACCGGCCUCUCCUCGUCCUCCGCGAGAUUCCUGAGCCGAUCGAUCCCCGUAAGUUCGCAGACACCACCUCUUGGCCCUCAGAACCCUGAGCGCAACUUUUGUGCCUUGCCUUCCCAGCCCAGGCUGCCCCCCAAGAAAGUGAAUAGCGCCAAGGACGCCUUCUGAUCGCGGCCCUCCCUCUGUGCCUGAAACUGUCUCUGCACGUCCAUUCUGCCGGCUCCUCUUCAAUCCCUUCAGUCUGAAUAUGUUCCCUACUAAGGCCUUUGCCACUCCGGUGAAAGCUGUUCCACUCUUGGACACAGUUUCUUCGUCUGGACGAGCAAAGUAGAGAGAAAGAAAACAGCUGCGUGUCGGAAGACUCUCUGCCUCCUUACCUUAACUUAAAGCGAGCACUAAGAUAAGACCUUCAGGAGACUUGAAACCAGAAAGCCCUGCUUAAUGACUACUAUAAAUGCACUGAAACAAUGUUUAUGGAGAUGUCAACUCUUUUUAAGACCGUUUUCAUGUUGAGUUUGGAAAGGUUAUUUUUAAUGUAUUUCGGUAAUACAUUUGUUACUACAUUUACGUGUACAGUGUUACAGUAUGUAUGUAUUGUGAACUUUAAAAGGCUAUUUUGAUACAUUUAUAAAUAUAUAAAAUUAUGUAAAAAUGAGACUCUAUUUUGACUUAGAUUUUCUUGCUGUUUGCUACCAAAAUUUGUAUUUUGAAUCUGUUAAAUAUGGUUUUAUGUACAAUGAAUAAGUAAUUCCUCUUUAUUAAGGAAAAGUAAGGGAGACUGUUUUUAGAACGUGCUUUUCAUGUUCCCACUCUGAAGAUGGCAGAUCCGUUCAUUCUUUUGGGAAGUCAGUGUAACUUACCAAGUUUAUCCAAGUUUAUGGCCGAGGAGAGUGUAGUCUUCUGAGGUAGCUUCUUUAGGCCAUGUCCUUUCCCUUUGUUUUUGUUGCUGAGCCAUUUGGUUUUGCAUCUUUGGGGGCUUUCACAAAAUUUAACAUCCAGCUGCAGAUCAGAAGUUACUGAAUAUUUUUUUUCUCUGUGAAAGCACAAUGUUUCUCUAUGAAAUGACUCAAGAGUCCAAAUGCUUUUCUUUCUUUCCUCCUCUCAGAAGAAAUUCUUAACCCAUUUAGAAUAUUCAGAUUUUGGUACGAGGUUUUUGCCUGUAUUCACACGUGGUCUGGCACCAGUUUUCAAUCAAGGAAGAGGACAAAAUCUGAAAAAAGAUGCUGCUAAGUAGUUCUAUGUAUUAAAGGAAAGAAGUUUAAAAUAGAUAACUAACGACACGCAAGCUAGCAUGUCUGAAACCUAACAUGAAAAUGAAGGGGCUCAUAGGUACCUCACAGCCCUUUCAUGCAAGUGUAACCUUAUAUUUAGGCUCCAAAAGCCUAUAAGCUUCUUUCCCAUGGGGAGCUGGGGAGUCUUAGACCCUAAUUGUCUUCCACGCUGCUUAAGAAUGGACUUCUCAGAGACAGUCAAAUGGAUUCAUAUGUAGUGCUUUACUCUCAACCAUUGAAUUAUUUAUAGUGUAUUUAUUAGAAGGGGUACCUUGAGACUGUCGUACAUGGCUUCAGCAAAACAUCUUGUUUAUAUUUUAUAUUUUAAAAAAGGCAUUUGAAAGAAUUUUGACUCAGGCUCAUUAACUUAACCUUCAAAAACUGCAGUACCAAAUAAUUGCACUAAGCUGAUGAAAAAAAUGAAUUGUAUGUUUUAGGAAUCAAAAAUUAGGUGGAAUUCAACUGUACCUUUUUAAAGCUGAAAUAGUAAAAUAUUUUAUUAUGUUAUUGUAAUAAAUGAUUGGUUAAUUGUAUAGGAAGAGGAUAGUAUUUUUUUUUAAAUUAUCAGUGAAAAGUAAUUCAGAUAACAUUUGAGAAGUGGGAGAAAGGGAACCGUAUUGACAGAUUCAGUUCUAUGAACACUGAUUCAUGCGCAGCUAUGAAAUGAUUGUAAAUUUGACUACUGUAAAUUUUCCAUAAUUAUGUGUGUAUAUUAGUCAUAUGUAUCUACAUGGGUAUGUCUUAAAAUUAUUUAUACACAUGUACAUACAUAGACAAACCACGAAGUAUAUGUGUAUAAUAUAGAAUAUAUAGCAAAGCGAUUCUACUCCAAUAAUAAAAAUCAUUUGACAUGUAUUUUGUUAUGAAUAGUUUACCUUCAAAAAAGAUAUUUUGUUCUAUUUUAAAGUGUAGAAGAAUACACUGCUAAUACAUAAUAAAAGUUUUAUGCAAUUUA